AUUCCCAAUGAGUAGCUCCACCCAGAAGCUGGAGUACGAUGCAGCGGUGGGCGGCCGGGUCGCCCUGCCCUCGCACGUGACCACCUACCACUAUGCGGCCGUGGCGCUGCAGGAGAUCCGGACUUUAGUUGCCGACUGCCAGGAGACGACGCAGCGGAGCAGCAAGCUGAUCUUCCAGACGCUGCCCAAGCACAUGCGCCGCCGGGCGAUGUCCCAUCAUCCAAAGCGCCUGCCCCGCAAAUACCGUCAGGCGCACAAAUCCCAGAUGUCCAAGGGCGGCAAUCAGCCGGUAAACAGCAAACGACCCUCGCGAAGGUACCGCCGGCGACCCAAGAACCUCCUGCGCGAAUAUGUGCGCCGGCAGAGGCGUCACCUGUGGCUGGAGACGCACAUCUGGCACGCCAAGCGCUUCCACAUGGUCGACCGGUGGGGCUAUCGCCUGGCUUUCGCCAGCUGCGACAAAACCUACCGCGCCUGCUAUCGCGCCACCACGGAGCACUGCCUCCUGCAGGAUAUCUCCUUCUAUGAAUGCCUGGAGAUCAGAGGACCUUUGGAGCAGCUGCGCCAGGGCUUCGCCCGCCUGACCAGUCCACAAUGCGGCCUCGGUGUGACGGCCAGAACUUUCCUCAGCGGAAGACGCGAGGGCAGCGUGGAGCUGUUCAAGGAGAACCAAUAUCCGCUGGGAGCUCUACAGCGAGUUAGCUUCAUGUGGCGGCCAAGGGAGGAGCAGGAGAAGGGUGAGCAUCACACGCUCUGGCUGUGGCUGCAUCCUAGCGGAGCACAGGCCAUCCUGGAGCAGCUAAUCAGCGUGUUCCAGCUGAAAUCGAAGAAGCAACAGAGGUUGCCGCUCAAGGAGGAAGGAAAAAAAGAGCUUCUCAGCAAGGAGGAAGUAAAGGAGGAGCAUCUCAGCGGGGAAAAACGGUCCUCCAAGUCGAGUCAAAAGGAAUUACGCUUCUGGACCCAAACGAAAUCCUUUGAUUUCCAACCCACUUACUCCAAUGCCGAGGAAACCAUUCAUUUAAUCUCCCUCCAGCGGCAAUUCAAUCGCUUCCGCCUCACAGGACCCCGCGCCCAACGUGUCCUGCUGGCCAGCCUGCGUCCGCAUCAUCAGGAGGAGGAGGAUAACUACUGCCAGGCAGCCCUGCAGCUGAGUUCGCCCGCCCAGCUGCUUUCCAACCUGGUAAUGGCCACCCAGGUGGUGGAUCCGCGACUCCAGCGACCCAAGAAGCGCACGAAGGCGGAGGGAAAGGAGCAACCGAAACUCUCCCCCGAGGAUCUCCUUUUGAAUCAGCCCGCGAAUCUCCCAGAGAGUCCGCUGUGGAGCCAGGAGGCGCGGCAGAGGCUGGCCGGGAGUAUUAUGUCCACGCACACGUACAAUGAGCUGCGUCAACAGCAUAGCGUGGUGCCAGGAGCGCCGUGUGCCUUCGAGCAGCAAAUGCAGGCGAUGCCCGUGAUACUCAUCCAAAGACCCGGCUCCCAGGAUCCCAAAUAUAAGCGAUUAGCCUACGGCUGCGGCUGGGAUGUGAUUGCGCCGGCUGGUUAUGGCAUGGCCCUUUGGCUCACGCUCACCAUGUGGGGCGCCAGGCCGGGGGGAUUGCGGGAACUGGAUUCGGUGGCCAGGGAAGCGGGCGCUGAGUUGCAUCUGCCGGAUACAAUAGCAGGAAUCCAGCAGGCUGCUGCUUCAGCUGAGGAGCUACGCGCCGCCUACUUCCGCAUGCCGCCCAACAAGCGCUCGAACUACCGGAAACUGGCGGUGGUCAGUCCGUUCAUUGCUCCCUGGAAGUGCUUACUGCGCGAUUGGGGCGCUACUCCUGCCACAGGAUCCUCGUUCUACGUGCUGCGCCAUCGCCAGCAGCUGGAGGAGAUUGCCGAGUGCCUGCGACAACGUAGAGCGCUGCCGCAGGAGCUUCUGCACCAGGAGGCACUCAUCCAGAUUCAACUGCGUUUGAUUAGUCGCGGCUGCGUGAAGAGCAAUGCUCUGAUUUGCCUGCCCACGCAAGAUGAUCACAAGCAACGCUGGCGACAGCUGAAACGCAAUGAUCAGGCCCCUGUUUGUGUAGAGCCACUGCAGCCGGAUUUGAAUGAACAGCAGCGCAAGGAUCUGCGCCAGAGUCACAAGCUCAAGUUGAAGCGUUUGCGUGCGCGGAGGGUGCGUGAGAAGCGGCAGCUGCAGGAGAAGGCCACCAAGCGUGUUUACAUCCGGCCAGCGGGCACUGCUCAUCUGGUGAAAGCCCAGCUGGAGGAGAUGAGCGCCCUGUGGCUGCCCAGCGAUCCGCGGGAGAUGCGGCAAAGCGUGCGACGUCAGUGUAGCCGUGAGGUCUUCGGUUAUGUCACCUUGGCCAGCUUUACGUUUACCGAGGCUCUGGUCUGCGCCGUGGGCUAUGUAACCGCCGCCGGUCUGCAGCAACUCGUCGGAGGGGAGCUACCGAACUCCAAGGGAACCAACUCCCUCAAGGAACCCCUCAUGUGCCUGCUGCGCGAUCCGGAUAGCCGCGACUACCGCUGGGCCAGCUUUCAAAUCAAUCUUAAUGUGGCCAGUCCAGGUCUUUAGAGCUUAGGUCUUGUUUUUCUGCUUGUUAGUGCCAAAUAUAUAAUGCUAUCAUAUAGCAAAAAUAAGAAAAUAACUCGAUUCUGUUAUAAAUUUCUAAAAAUCUGCCUAAUUUUUAUCAAAUUAAUUUAGUUUUCUUAGGCAUUUUUAUUUUUAAUUGAAGAAAAUAACUAGAGUCUGCAUUUCAGAGUGGUAUUCUAAUAAUUCUUUUAUAAUUUUCUACAAAUCUGCCUGGUUUUUAUUAGUUUAGUUUAGUUUUCUUAAGGAUUUUUUGUUUUUUAAUGGCUCUGCAUCUUAGAGUGAUAUUCUAAUAAUUCUGUUAUUACUUUUUUAAAAUUUGCUCAAUUAUUUAUUAAUUUAAUUAACCAUUUGUAUUUUAAAAUGAAUAAAAUAAAUAGGUUCUGCAUUUUAGAG